GGGGCGGGGCCAGCGGCGGCGCGCGCGAGGCUGUGUAGCGCGGCCCGGCCCGGCCCGGCCCCGGGCGCGCCCCCGCGGCCGCUCCGCCCGCGCCCCGCGGGCACCGGACGCUUCGGCGGGGAGCGCGCAGCACAAUCCAGUGUGGUUCCUAUGAAGGAAACCCAUCAGUGGUGAUGCUCCAGGACAGCUCUCACGUGAGGGUCCUCCACAGGAAGGGCAGCUCUGCACUCUGAUGGGUGAGGACACCAGCUGGGUGACAGGAGCUCCCAAGAGCGGGCAGGAUGAGUUACAGCUCACCCUCUGUGCACGACUUGUAUCACAGCACCCCCACCACAGCCAGGCCAGACCCAGGGACAGCUCUGGAUGUGACUGUGCCAGAAACAGCCACCAUAAGCCCUGAGACUACCAGCUUCAACAGCACCAAAAUCCCAGAUGUGGCCAGCACUGGAGCCGGCAUGAGCACGAUGCUGCUGUCCUUUGGGAUCAUUACUGUGAUUGGGUUGGCUGUAGCUAUGGUUCUGUAUAUCAGGAAGAGGAAGAGGUUGGAGAAGCUACGGCACCAGCUGAUGCCCAUGUACAACUUUGAUCCCACUGAGGAACAGGAUGAACUGGAGCAGGAGCUGUUGGAACAUGGGCGAGAUGCAGCAUCUUCCCAGGCAUCGCAGAGCAAGGUGCUGCUGGCCGGCCAGGGAGCCGUGCAGAGACCCAGCCGCCUCGUGUUCACCGACGUGGCCAACGCCAUCCACGCGUGACAGCAGCUGCCCCGCCGGGCCCGCGCCGAGGACGAGGCAGCAGAGCAGUGACUUCCCGCCCGCGCGGCUGAGCCGCUGAGGCCCGCUGGGCACCCCGGGGGUUUGUGUUACCAGUGGGCACGGGCCCUGCCACCCCUCUGGGAAGCAAACCCUUCGUGAGGGCAGUGGUGAUUUUUUGGUGCGCCUGUUCCCACUGAAAGGUCCCGAGCUCCCGUUUCUGGGCUGGCGCUGGCUGAUUCCACCUGCCAGGCUUUGUGCUUCGGAACGGCGCCUGCUUUGUGUAGAUUACCCUGUCAGAGCACACGUGUGGGCUCUCUGGGCCAGGGAAGGAGGAGAGGUGCACGUUUCAGACACCUUCCCCCUUGGCUUUGUGUCACCAGGCCCCAAGGGAAGCGAUGAAUGAGCCUCUCUGUGCAGUGACCACAGCUCUGGCAGGUCCUGGGAGUGGUGGUGGGGGUGACUGGUGGCAAAACCCCUUUGAGCAAGGAGAGCUGAGUGGUAACUGGGGCACACCAGGGAAAACACACACCAGGGGUUUAUCCCUGCUGUGGUGUGUGGGCUGCUGAUAAACGAGCACCCAAGGUGAUGUUGAAGUGUAGGGAAUGCGCUAGCUUUAAAAAGUGAAACAGAGAACAUUUGGCCGAUUACAUCUUAACUGAGGAAGUGGCUGAAUAUCCCAAAUCAGGGCUAUUGUACAGAGAGAGUGGAAUUCACACAGCCAGAGGCAGGGGCUGUCAGGGUCUGGCUGUGUGACUCUGUGCUGCUGAACUAGGAAUAACAGUGCUUGGGCCACAAAGAGGAGUUGAGUUGGGGUUCCAGUAUCUCGUAUCCCCUCCUGCUUUGGCUCAGGGAAGUUUCUACAGGGCAGAGUGUUAUCCAGAAGAAAAGAUUAAGCUUUGAAAUAUUUUCUUUUAAAUAAAGAAAAACAUGUGUUGGCUCAAACAGCUCCAUGGCUGCCUCCAGAGGUGACUAACAGCUGGUUUGUACUUCCUUACCUGCCAGGAUCUGCAGUCAGAGCCUUCUCUUCUUCCCGCUGAAGGGAACACAGAGCUUUGUGUUAGCCUCUGCUCAUGUCACCUGCUAGGAACAGGUAGGUGGGACUAGACAGGUAAGCCAGGAGUUUCCCUUAGCCCUGAAGCAUUUCUCUGCCUGUGCAUCCUUCAGGGCUGCAGGAGGAAGAGAGUGCAAAGGGGUCUCUGGCCACCUUGGCACGUGGCAGUGCAGUGUGGGGUCUGUCCUCUGCUGGUGGGCACCAGCCCCAAGGGCUGCAGACCAGCACAGCAGUGCCCAGCACCAGUGCCCAGCCCUGCCCUGAGCCCUCCUGAUCUUUUUCUGGUACGUGCAUUUGUCAAUCAGAUCAUAUUCCAUCCACAGUCAAAGCAGAAUCAGGGCAAGCCAAAAUUUGAAUGCAGAUCCAAAGCUUUAUACAAGGGGAUGUUUCAGAAUGGCAAUUCAGGUAUCAUGUGCUUUGCUGCAAGUCUGGACCUGCCAGUUAGUUUUCAUUCUCCCAAAUAUUUUUUUUUCCUUCCCCACUGUGAUUGUUUUUUCCACAUUCAUCAAAUGCAGGCUCUUUCCUGGGCAUGUGCCACUGACCCCUGCAGGGGGUAAGGACCCCUGCUCCUUACCAGCCCUCCCUCCUUCACUGACACAGCUGCCCUCAUGGCAGCUUUGCAGGGCUAAGUUGCUUCAACUUUUCACUGUCCUGCUGUCUUUGUAAAAACUAGGGAGUUCUGGGAGUACAUUAGGACUGGGAGUGUAGAAAACAGCUCAUCCUUCAAAGCCAGGAGACCUGGCAGGAGGCAUUCCUGGGCUGGUGCUGUUUGCCUCCAGGGAUGCUGUUGGAAGGAAGGUGCCUGGGUACAAAUAUUCAGUUUAAUCGAGAUUAGCCCUUGGAAUUUGAGUGCUGUCUGUGGGUCUUCCCAGAGGUCAUGACCAGCUGAGAAACAAGCAUCCCUCCAGACACACAGACACACACACUUACCUUCUCCAGGUGCUCACUGGGAGUGGACAGCCCCAGUUCUGCAGCAGGACAGGGAUGCAGAGGGCAGCGGGGGUGCACGGCCAUCCUAAAUCGCAGCGCUUCUCCCAGAAACCUUAGGAUCAGAACUUAAUUGGUUGUUUUAAACUCAAUAAAAGGCAAGUGUAAGCUGAGCUGUUUCCUCAGUCCCACAGCCCACAUAGUAACCCUCCCCCAGCUCCGUGUGCUGCCCUGGGAGCUGCCCAGCAGUGCAUGUGCCAGCCCAGGUGCAAAGACUGCACCCUGUUCCACACUAAUACCGAGAUAAACCUUGUACAACAAACACACCUGCAGAGGAAUUCUCUCCAGACAUUCUUCCUGUGAUGGUAGGCUUUGUGUCCUGUGAUGACUGCCCUUAGAUUAAAGUACAGAUAAUAAGGCUAAAAGAAUAUUACGGGUAUUUGCUGGGCUUGUACUGGAGUAUUCUUUUAGUUCCAUAGCACCUCCUCACAGUUCUUGGGAGAUUAUGUAUAAUUUAGCAGAAGCAUUAUGAUGUAAUUUAAUUCAAGUGUUUCUGUGUUUUAAGCAUUGAAAUAUAAUUAAGCUAUUUACAUGAAAA